CCUCGUGGAGUCAAAAUCCCGGCCAAGGUCGAGUGGAUUGAACAUCAGUUGUCUACCGUUUACGGCCAGGAUCAGUGCGUAUGGUCAGAUGGGCAGAGACGGCCGCGAGUUCGGAGAGAGAUAAAGGCAAGUCAGGAACUCGAAACACAACCUUCACCAAGUUCACCAGCCAGUUCUACAAAUGACUCCUGGACCUUAUCUAGACCGGAAACGACAGCAGAGCCAAUUGAAACUCCGGGCACGAACUAUCUGAUGGAUCUUGGAUUCGAAAACUUCUGCUCCUGGCACAUACCAGAUGUCGUGGCCAACAUAUCUCCCGACUUCAAGGAUUCAAUCGUUGUACACAGUCUCCCUUUAGCCCUUGAGCAUCCAACUCUCCUACACGCUUGGGUUGCGUGCAGCAUCAUAGCACUUUCACGUUCAAUGCCAUACUGGCAUGAGAAGGCCAUCAGACACUAUGACAGCGCUGUCAGCGGGCUCAGUCAAGCUCUGCAAGAUGAGUCACAAACCAACGACAAGUGGAAAAGAGAAACAGUUUUGCUAUUGCAUCUUUUUGAAGGCUUCCAAUCUAAGGAUGAAGAGUCUGCACUUGGAAAGGCUCAUUUACGUGGAGCGCACGAGCUGUUCAUCCCGACUGUCAAUGACCAGUCCCCCAUGGGCUACCACGACGUGCUGGUGCUGGAAGCUUACAUCAUGCAUACUGCCAACAAUCACCUCUUCCAACCGGAUUCACAACUACCGAUCACACAUAUCACCGAGGCACUGGGAACACUCACAUCGGCUCUAAAUCAGCUGAAGAUGGAUUGCAAUUGGCGUAGCAGCCCUUGGAUCGGAAUCGGCGGCCCGGAGCUAGCAGAUAUGACCUACAGAGUUUCAUGGCUCACCCAUAAGCCAUUCUUGGAUGAUACAGAUCACCAAGAAGUGGAGGAGAUCACUGCUCGCCUUUCAUCGUGGACCGCUCCAGCCUGCCAGGAAGAAUCGCUGUCGACACACCUUGACUUGCCACCAAAGCGCUUGGUCUUGCUUGCGCGGGCUUAUUGGUGUGCAUGUUCCUACCUCGCAACACAUCUUGCACAAGAACAAAGCUGUGUCCUACCCUUCGGCGCUGACGCUUUCGUCACUGAGGUUCUACAACUUUUAGACCAGCUCAUCGAGCACGAACACACGAUCAACAAUCACUUAUGGCCGUUGGUUGUCAUCGGCACAGCGGCAACAGAUCCAGCAACACGAGAGCAUAUCAGAUCGCUUCUGCCGCAAUUUCAUCAAGGCCUGGGUCCAGCGUCUCUGAGAAGAGCCGAAAGAUUUUUGGCAGUCGCUUGGAAGACUGACUCACAAGGCAUGAUGUAUGGCAGAAAAAUCUUCAAGAACAGAGAAGCAUUGUAUCAGAUGUUCUUC